GUUCUUCGCUGGCGUUCAAUGAGAUUAGAGUCGUUGGGAAAAUAUUCUUGUGAAGAUAUUUAAUUUCAAAAGUUUAGAGUUUAUUUAUAGAUUUGAAUCGAUACUAAGCUCAAUGAAUCACUUUUAAAGCUCUAUUCGAAAUGCUUACAAUUUACAAGUGAAAACUGUUUGAAACUUUAGCAUAGUGGCUUCCCAAAUUAGUAAUGAAAAUUCUCCCAUCGGAGAUCAAUUCUUCGGCAUUGAUCUCAAUCAAACUCUCCAUGGCAACAACACAGACCUAAACCAAUUGUUGUGUCUACAUGAACAUCUGGAUGCUUUGACAAAUUUUUCCGGUUGUCUUCCGACCUAUGACAAAAUUCUUUGCUGGCCACCUACAAAGUUCAACUCAUUGGCAAUUCAACCCUGCUUCAGAGAGUGGAAUGGCGUUCUCUAUGACAGUCUAGAAGAGAAUGCAACAAAGUUUUGUCGAGAAGAUGGAACUUGGGAUAAAUCGUAUUACGAUCUUUGCAUCAACACGUCAUCGACCUCAUCGAUAGCAUUUGACGUUGAAUACAACACGUUUUUUUACUGUAUCGGUUACUCGAUUAGUAUCGUUGCUUUGUCGUUAGCUGUGAUAAUUUUCCUUCAUUUCAAAGAGCUUCGCUGUUUGCGUAACACAAUUCAUUGUAAUCUUUUUUUCACGUACAUCUUUUCUGCUUUGUUAUGGUUGAUGACACUAUCAUUUCAAAUGUCCUCGUCAGCGGGUCUUAUCGAGUGCAUGGUGCUCCUGACGCUUCUACAUUUCUUUAAUUUAACAAAUUUCUUCUGGAUGAUGGUCGAAGGAUUGUAUCUCUACCUUCUGGUUGUGGAAACGUUCUCACGUAUUGAAGUAAUCAAUAAGUUUGUAAUUUAUGCUGUCAUAGGCUACGGUGUUCCAGCGAUUUGUGCUUUGAGUUGGUCUACAGUGAAAAUUAUUGUGUCGGAACGAGAAGGGUUGCACGAAGCUUCACAUCAAUUUCAGUAUGGAUGUCCGUACAUGCAGGAAUCGAGCGUUGAUUGGAUAUUUAAAGGGCCGGCGUGUUUAGUUUUAAUUAUAAAUUUGAUUUUCUUGUUUAGUAUAAUGUGGGUGCUCAUCACAAAGCUGAGGUCAGCAAAUACAGCUGAAACGAAGCAAUAUAGGAAAGCUUCAAAAGCUCUUUUAGUACUUAUUCCACUCUUUGGUUUGACUUAUUUGAUUGUCUUAUAUGGACCGAAUGAAGGGAUGGGAAAGAAAAUCUUCGACAUUGCUCGAGCUAUUCUAUUAAGCACACAGGGGUUUUCCGUCGCACUUUUCUACUGUUUCCUCAACUCUGAAGUGAGGAAAGCUAUCAAGAAUCGUAUAAAUCGUUGGCGCGAUGCCAGAAACAUAAGAUGCUCACAAAUCCGUCAAAGUCAUAUCGGCAGAAGUAGGUUCACAAAGAAUGGGAAAAGAUCACAAUCAAGAGCUGAGAGUUUAAGACCGCUCACGUGUAACAUCCAGAAGCGAGAAUCGAACGUUACGACCACCACAAUUCUUACUGAACUCUCAUCAAAUUACGCAUCCUACCCUGGACCAAAUGGUGCUUUCCAAAUGGCAACGAAUCCUAGAGCGGUUAGUCCUAUGAUGAAGGGUCUCGAUGAGAACUCUGUGUAAAAAUUAAAUAAGAAGAGAGGAAAUCGUAAAAAAUGUGUCAAAGCAUCAACCAAAGCGUAAUGAAAUGACAUUCGAAUGUUUAAGGAGAAUUUUCUCAUUUCUGUUUUAAAGAUUUGUAUUUUUCGAUGAUUUAAGAUGUUUAAUGAAUAUGAAGAAUUGAUGUAUAAGACUCUGAUAGAUAUUUAUGAAUAAUACGAAACAUUUUAAUAAAAGUCAUUUUGAAAGUUUAACUUUAAGAGAUUUGAGGGCUUUUGACAUCUUAUAAGAAGAGAGCUUAAAGAUAUUUUACUGAAACUUUUAAAGGGACUGUUGAAGAUAUCCAUAAUGUAAUAUUUUUUUGUGUCAUCAAGUUUCCAUGAUUCUAAUAUUAAAUAAAUAUUUUCUUAAAAAUUUAUUUCAUCAAAAGAUUUUAUUUUUCCUUUGAAAAACUUCAUAAAAUAAACUCAAACAUUUUUAAAUUGGAUUUAAUAUGUCAAAAGCCCAACAAAAAUAAUGUUUCUAUCAAUGUUAAUGUAUCUUAAUGUUUAAAAUUUAUAUGUAAAGAAGAAGAAAAUAUUAAAAGCUUUUAAUAAAUGGAAAAGAAG